AUGACAAUUGUACAACUUUUAUUGGAUAGCAACAUUCAAGUGGAGAAUGUGUCAAUUGUUGCAUUAGUUGGAAUUGGGGGACUAGGAAAGAUCACACUUGCACAAUUAGUAUAUAACAACGAGAAUGUCACUAAACAUUUUGAUUUUAAGAUGUGGGUAUGCGUGUCCGACAUCUUUGAUGUGAAGCUCAUUGCAGAAAAGAUCACAGGGUCUGCAAAAGGCAAAAUGCCUGAAAAUCUUUUGAUGGAUAAACUGCAAGAAAUGCUUAGUAAAGAAAUCGAUGGAAAGAAAUAUUUGCUUGUAUUGGAUGAUGUGUGGAAUGAGAAUCGUGACGAAUGGUUAAAAUUGAUAGAUUUGUUGAUGGGUGGAUCGAGAGGAAGUAAGAUCUUAGUAACAAGUCAUGCUGAGUUAUUUGCAAAUGUUACAUGGGCAAAUUCACUAUAUUUUAUAAAAGGCUUGUCUAAGGAGGAGUCUUGGUAA